UUCAUUCUGAAAGCAUGAUAAUUUAUUAAUAGAGAUUCAAAUUUGAUCCAUAGAUAUAAAUAAAGAUAAGUAAAGAGAUUGUCAGAGUAAAGUCACGGACCUGUUUCUCAUAUAUACAGUAGCGGACAAAAGUUUAAGACGAUGAUUUGUAAACCGGAUUACAAACAUCUUAUACGCAUAUUGUUCUUCUAUUCGGUUUGUCUCUUUGGAAUAACGUAGCUGUAUGUUUGACCUUCGUAACCUCAGACAGUCAGUUGUUAAAUACAAACAAUGUAGGAGUUACAACAGUUAGUUACCGCCUAGCACUUGGAAACAGUGGACAUUAGUUUAAGACGAUCUGUGUAAAACGUAGGAACAGACUAUGGGUAAAUCAAAGAAUUUACUUGAAAACGAAAGGGAACAAAUCGUAAGGCUGCGAAAGCAAAGUAAAACCUUCACCGAAAUAGCAAAUAUAGUGAACAGGUCAGAAACAGCUUGUAAACAAGCUUGGCAUAAAUUUUUAAAGACAGGCAUGUAUUGCGAUCAACCGAAAAACGGAAGACCACGGAAAACAACACCGAAAAUGGAUCGCCGGAUUCAUCGAUUGAGCGAAAAGGAUCGUUUUCGUAGUGCAAAUAAUAUUGCUGCGGAGAUAAACUAUGAAAACGAUACACAAAUUAGUGCUAGAACUGUUAGGAGAAGAUUAGAAGACUUUAACUUAAGAGGACGAAAACCCCAAAAGAAACCACUGCUGAGUUCUAGGAAUCGAAAAAGACGACUUGCAUUUGCUAAAGCUCAUAAGCAUUGGACAAGUGAAGAUUGGCAAAAGGAAUAUAGGUUGGAGAAAAAGAAGGAUAUGGAGGAAGAGAGGCAAAAAGAAAUGUCUUGUCCAUCCAAGAGUGCUGGAUUAGAGCCAGGUUCUGUCAGAGCCAAGACCUGAUAGAGGACACAUCAGUAAAGCUACCUUUUUAAAUAUAAUUGAAGUUACUAUCAGCUUAAUUAUGAGAAUUAUAUUUAUUUUACGAUAAUAAUAAAAAACAGGCAAAACUUGUAACAUGUCAAUUUAUUACAAACAAAGUCAAUACAUUAGUAUGUACAACUACUCUGACACAUUUAAUAUAUAUAUGUACAUUAUGUAUAAAUAAUAUGCACACACAUUCAUGACUCACAUUCAUAUAUAUCAUCAAUACGAAAGCUCCUUCUUUUGUUUGAAUAUGUAAAUGUAAACAAUGCUCUCAUUUCUAAAUGAUUGAUAAAAAUAAAAUACAAAGAAAAUAUGUAUUACAUUACAUUUUAAUUAAAGGAUACAUGCACAGCCUAAAACAAGAAGCAAUUCAAUGUAUUCUAUCACCAUGGAAAAUAUUAUAUUUGCUAUGUAAUACCUGGUAAUGUCCAUUGGAACUAAAUCCCCUUUAGAACUUUAAGUUAUAAAGCUUUGGUCUAAAUUCUCCAUGUAAAUAUUUAGUUUUAGCUUUUACAUAAAAAUAACAUCUCUUAUAACAUUUACAUAGAAAUAUGUAUAUGCAUGAACUGCAUAUCUUUUUUUAGUUGUAAUAGAUUUACGUGUUAUAAUCUGACGUAAUACAAAACAUGUAAUGUAUGCAACAUUACUUAAUAUAUCUAGCAACAUUUCCUAUACGUUUAAAAUAGAUCAUAUUUUAAUAGUAAAGAAUUAAAAAUUAAAAUGAAAAUUAU